AGCGGACCUUUAAAGUAAGAGCUCCAUGUGCCACCCCAGUAGCCUGCACCUGACUGGCCUCGAAUGAUUUAUCAGAACAUUGGAUCGGCAUGGAAGGACAAGUCGUGCUAGGAUAAACGGACCCAAGCUGAAGGAGUCUCCGCCGCCGGCACCGAAUCGCGAGUUUCCCGACACUAGUCUCUACGGUGGCAGCAGAGCUAGUUCGGCUCGUCAUCAACUCGAGCAUAGGAGAUACUGCCUAUCUGCUCCCGCCUGUCGCCUCCGGGCAGCCAGUUAGCAACAUGUCGUCCGGCGGGACUCUGAACUUCAUCACGUUCAACCAGGAUCACAGCUGUCUGGCUGUUGGCACAUCCAAGGGCUUUCGAAUCUACCACACCGACCCUUUCUCCAAGAUAUUCAGCAGUGACGAUGGCAGUGUCUCGAUUAUCGAGAUGCUCUUCUCGACUUCCCUGGUUGCCCUAAUACUCUCGCCGAGGCAUCUCAUUAUACAGAACACAAAGCGAGCGUCUGUAAUAUGCGAGCUCACAUUCCCCUCCGCCGUCCUGGCCGUCCGGCUGAACCGCAAGCGCUUAGCCGUUGUGUUGGAAGAGGAGAUCUACCUCUACGACAUCUCUAACAUGAGCUUACUAUACACCAUCGCCACCUCGCCCAACCCGAGUGCGAUCUGCUCCCUCUCGCCGUCGUCAGAGAACUGCUACAUUGCAUACCCACUGCCCAAGCCGCGCGACGACUCAGGCGAUAGGCGGCCCGCCCACGCUCCCCCGCUGUCUACCUACGUGCCUCCAACGUCGGGGGAGGUUCUCAUCUUCGAUACGCUCACUCUCAAAGCUGUCAAUGUCAUCGAAGCCCACCGUUCACCACUGUGUUGCAUUGCGCUGAACAGCGAAGGGACCUUGCUCGCCACGGCAUCCGAGACUGGCACCAUUAUCCGCGUCUUCAGCGUACCUCGCGGACAAAAGCUCUACCAAUUCCGGCGUGGAACCUACCCAUCAACAAUCUACAGCAUGUCUUUCAAUCUCAGUUCCACCCUCCUCUGUGUCUCGUCGACCUCCGAGACUGUCCACAUAUUUCGGCUCGGAGUGGCGCCACAUAGUGGUAACAUAUCUACUGGAUCCGAGACUCCCACCUCGCCCCGCAGAGACCGCUGGUCGCGCUCCCGCAGCCAGGAUAGCGCCGACAAUUCGCCAAGCAGCACCGCCGAGUCGCCCCGCAGCGAAGCAGCCGACUACGUCGGUAGCCCAGCAGCCCCUGCACUUCCGAACUUAGGGGGGGGAUACAAUGGAUCGAGCCCAACCGCGCACCGUCGCCAGAGCGGCUCCUUCAGCAGCAUGCUCCGGCGCUCGUCGCAGAUUAUGGGCCGCAGCGUGGCUGGGGUCGUGGGCUCGUACCUCCCAAACACCGUGACCGAGAUGUGGGAGCCACUGCGCGACUUUGCGUACAUAAAGAUUCCCAAGGCGUCCAACGUCGGCCUGCCCCGGGGCGGCGCGGGCGGGCCAUUGAGGAGCGUCGUCGCCAUGAGCAGUAGCUCCCCCCAGGUUAUGGUUGUCACUAGCGAUGGUGGCUUCUACGUCUUCAACAUAGACAUGGAACACGGAGGGGAGGGAUACCUGGUGAAGCAGUUCUCGGUCCUCGACGGCGAUGACAAACUAGACACCUCGGCGUACGGGGCUUGAGCGUUUUUUCAGGAUUUGUUUUUAAUGGCGGCAAGAGACAGCAGCUGUGUCAUAUCCUAAGGUCAAUCUUGAUUGGCAUUGUUUCUUGCUUUAAUGGGACGCAGGCUCAGGUUCGUAUGCCCCCCGGCUGUCGACCUAUUAUGGUUAACAGGAUGAUUACCUCCGUGGUUGUUAUUUUGUUUUCGGGAUCUCGCAUCGAGCCCCUUUUCUUCCGUACACUUCGAAUUAUAUCAGUGUCAGGAGGGCCGAACCCCUUGUUGAUGGAUCCCAACCUCACGUCAUAUGUGGAAAGUGGGAGUGACGACAGGCUGUAACAGAGUCUUUCGGAGGCAGCUUGUGGGUUCUUAUCACGAUACCCUCUCUUUCUGGGUUCAGUUGUCAGCGAGCGUCUUGUCAUUAAAUGUAUGUCUUGGCUAGCUUUAUGUGCAAGGUAUUCAAUGCCUGGGCAGGACUACCCCUUCAAUCA